AUGGCGGGCAUUGAGCAGUUGGAGAUUCAUAGCAAGUCCUACAUUGUGCGCUGGGUCAAAGUCGACGAAGGUCAUACCAUUUCUUGGAGCGUCCAACCACACAAGAAGUCCAUAAACUUUGGUAUCGUCAAGCACCCUGGCACCGGCGCAACUGGCCUUAUUUCAAACCAGACCGACGAUGCCGCUACCGCCGGCGCACUUACCUCUGGCGUGGCCGAACCGAAGGGCAGAUUCGGCAAGCGGGAUACGAGCACUGCCCAAGAGCAGCUCGCCAACAAGGGAUUCAUACCGGUGAAAUGGCACGGAAAAUGCGAUGCCGAUAAGGUGUCAACUGGUACCUGGGAUGUGCCCAAGGGCCAAGGCGGAAUGUUCGGCUUGGUUUUUGACAAUACUUUUUCCAAGCAGAUUUCCAAGACAGCCACAUUCGUGCUGCUGACCUACCCAACCGGCGCACCACCGCAGACCACCGCCCACGCUUUCCCGAACCUGCAGGCCGGCUCGAAUGCGACUGCCAGCCGAACGAGUCUACCCCAGGUGAGCGCUGUUACCUCCGCCUCGCAAGACAGUCUCCACAGCCAUAUGGGUGGGGUUCGCCCGACUUCUGCUUCAGGCCGUAGUGACGGCAACGCCAACUAUCAUACUGGUAUCCUUCACAAGAGAAGGAGGAAGAAGGGUCAGGGAUACGCGCGCAGGUUCUUCUCCCUCGACUACUCGUCUUGUACGCUCUCGUACUAUUACAACCGUAACUCAUCAGCACUCCGCGGUGCUAUCCCCCUCAGUCUUGCGGCAAUCGCAGCCGAUGAGCGCCGCAGAGAAAUUAACAUCGACUCUGGCGCUGAGAUCUGGCAUCUGCGCGCCUCGAACGCCAAGGACUUCAACGACUGGGCCCGAGCUCUUGAGAAAGCCAGCCGGGCAGCGAGAGGAUUUGAGGCCGGUGAGGAACAACCAAACAACACUAGGACGGCCCCCCUACGAGUGAACACCACCCAUCUGAAGCCGACUGCGUACAACUUGGAGGAUGAGCGCGAAUGGCAGCAGGUUGAGACUCUGGUUAGUCGAAUCGUUGGAACCAGAGACGCAUUACGUCGCUUGGUCAAGGAUAUGUCGAACCAGAGACCUGUAAGCAUGGCUGCCUCAACCUUCCUGUCUCCCGGCAGCUCCAUAGGCGAAGAGCCCGAUAACUACUUCCCAACUCCUGCUGCAGCCGAGCAGCAGACCCAGAGGCGGCCAUUCUGGAGGCGCAAAUCAAGCGCCGCCACCCCUACAGCCACCACUCCUCAACUGAAUCAAUCAUCCGGUGCGAAUGCCCUCGCUGUUCCCGCACCAGGUGGCAUCACGACUACUAUCAGCUCCAAUGGCCCCCGCCAACACGCAAGAACAAAAUCCAAGGCCUCUAUCCACGAGGAGAAGAGCACGCAAGAGCACUGUGCCGCGCUUCUCAACGACCUGGACUCUGUCGUGUCGGAGUUUACCACACUCAUCGCCAACAGCAAGCGGCGACGGACCCCCGCUCCUCUAUCAGCCGCGCCCUCCCGGAGAAGUAUGGAAACCGCAUCGACAGAUGAGUUCUUCGAUGCUGAGGCUGGUGAAACAAAUUCGCAAAUUGUCAAAAUCACCCAAAGUGAGGAUGAAAGCCCAGACUCUGAACCAGACGAGGGUAACCUCACUGAUUCAUCAUCCAUCUCUUCGGCGCCCGAAGAGGAUGCGGGCAUUGGUGAGGAUGAGACCAGCUGCUAUCCGGCCAAGCCCAAGAGUUUGUCGCCAUUGCCUGUGGAUAUUUCUGUGACCAGACGAACCAAGAUACCACCGGCUCUGGUUCAACCUCCCAGUUUGAUUGCGUUCGUGCGGAAAAAUGUAGGCAAGGAUCUUAGCACCAUCAGUAUGCCUGUUUCCGCAAAUGAACCGAUUUCCCUACUGCAGCGCGUAGCCGAACAGUUGGAAUACGCCCAGCUUCUCGAUCAGGCAGUUGGACAGAAAGAACCGAAGGAGCGUCUCCUCUAUGUCACAGCGUUCGCUGUAUCACAAUUCAGCACUGGAAGAGCAAAGGAGCGUGCCAUUCGCAAGCCUUUUAACCCCUUACUCGGUGAGACCUAUGAAUUGCUCCGGACAGAGCAGGAAGUUCCAGGAGGGUUCCGUCUUCUUGUCGAGAAGGUUUGUCACCGCCCGGUCAGGCUUGCCAUGCAGGCUGAUUCAGCCAACUGGUCUUUCAGUCAAUCACCAGCCCCCUCGCAAAAGUUCUGGGGUAAGAGUGCCGAGAUUACAACAGAAGGUCGUGUCCGCAUCGCUCUCCGUCUCCCCGAUGGAUCUGACGAACUGUACUCAUGGACACACGCUACCAUGUUCUUGCGCAACGUGGUGAUGGGUGAGAAAUACGUUGAGCCUGUUGGAGUGAUGCAAGUCUGCAACGACUCGACGGGACACAAGGCCUCAAUCGAGUUCAGGAGUAAGGGAAUGUUUGGUGGGCGAGGUGAAGACGUUCAGGUAGAAACGUAUGGGCCAGAUGGCGUCCAUACGGGAAGCAGCCUCUCCGGAACGUGGACCAGCGGCCUUCGGGUUGUUGAAGCUGGGAAGGCAGCUGGUCACGAAAUCUGGCACGUUGGCAAGCUUGUCGAUAACGCCGCGAACACGUACGGCAUGACCACAUUUGCGGCAUCCCUGAACGAAAUGACGGAAAUCGAAAAGGGUAGACUACCUCCCACGGAUAGCAGACUCAGACCCGACCAGCGGCUGGCGGAGCAGGGCGAUUUGGACCAAGCUGAAGAGUGGAAGGUCAACCUCGAGGAGGCACAGCGGGCCCGACGUCGCGUGCUGGAGGAGAAUGGCGAGGAAUACAGACCCAAGUGGUUUGUCAAGGUCGGACAAGGCCCAGAGGGCGAAGAAGUGUGGAAGCUGAGGACCGGCAAGGAAUCGUACUGGGAGGAGAGGUCCAAGGGGACGUGGAGCGGCGUGGAGAAUAUCUUUUCUGUUUAG